AUGAAUAUUUUGCCACUGCAUAAUGGACUGUGUUUCUUUGCCACAACAGUGGUACCGUUUGAUUUGGAUUGGCAUGUGCGGGACUGCUCUUGCCCUGCUCUGUACUGCGCUCCUCACUCUUUUUUCUCUCUCUCCCCUUCUUUGCUCCUUGUUUCUUUCUCUACUGUAGAAAGCAUUCAUUAUAUGCCACAGCAAGUUAACAAAUUGAGUGCCCGCACACCCGCCACAGUGCGCCAGUCACUGUACGUGAUGCCGCUGCUUCUUCUGCUGUUGUUUCUGUGCUGCGCCUGUGUGUGUGUUGCGCAGAAGGACGGCGGCGUGCAGUCGACUGGUGUUGUGCGGGAGUUGCCCCGCAAGGGACAGAGUGGUUUGCAGGCGUACACCGUCUCCGCACAGGAGAAGGACGACAAAGAGUGGAAACUAAUCCGCAUUAAAGCGUUCACGAAGGACUUGGAUAACAAAUCGAGGUAUUGUACUAAGGUUGAUGAUAAGGUCAUGGAUUUUCAAGGUGACAUCACCAAAUGUUAUGAAAAUGAGAUUCUCACCGAUAAAAAGAAGGAAACUCUAAUAAAUGAGAUGAUUCCUGCUGCUAUCAAACUGCACAGGGAUCGUCUGCGUGUGCAACCCCAUAAAGGCAAUUUGACUGUUCCUCCGUUUCAAGAUAAGAGUUAUUGCAAACAUUUCACUGUACCCGAUGAGCACCACGAUAAAGGUGUUGAGAAUGCUGACUUUGUGCUCUACGUCGCAGCCGGUACCGGAGAGCCAUUUGGUGUCACAUGUGCCCCUGCCGAAGCGUCAAGUCGCCCAAUUGCUGGUGCCAUUAAUAUUUCACCGUAUUAUCUUGUUUAUCCGCGAGGGAGUGUCCGUGCUGUUGCCCACGAGAUGGCACACGCACUGGGUUUUGACUAUGAGCGGAUGGAGCAACUUAAGAUGGUGACCAAAGCCAAUGUGCGUGGCAUGAAUCGUAAGUUGGUGAGUUCCAAGCGGACGAAGGAAAAGGCACAAGCACACUACAAUUGCUCUACUCUCGAGGGUAUGGAGCUGCAGUUGGGUAGCGGAGAUAAGGUACAAUCGCACUGGACGCACCGUAACGCGAAAGAUGAGUUAAUGGCCCCGACGGAUUCACUCGGUGCCGGUUACUAUACAGCCCUGACCAUGUCAACUUUUGAGGACAUGGGCUACUAUAGGGCUAACUGGGGAAUGGAGGAGCCAAUGGGCUGGGGCAACCACAGCGGGUGCGAUUUCUUUGAGGCUUUGUGUAUCGUCAACAAUGCCGCCAAAUAUCCUGAAAUGUUCUGCAGCGAAAGUGUUUCUCGAUGCACAACGGACCGCAGUUCCCCUGGCUAUUGUAGUGUGCCUGCCAGUUAUCAUUGGGAGAGCGAAAAGAACCUCUGCCCAUUCACCAAGCCCGAUUAUGGUAAGUUUGAAGAAAAAAGUCGAUACGUGUUUUGUUUUUCGGAUGAUGUACCUGCUCUUGAUGGGUCACUGAUGGGGAAUGACUCGUGGUGCCUAGAUGGUGAGUCACUCCAUGUGAAUUUUGACGAUGACACCGUGAAGGAAAACGUGGCCGGAGUGUGUGCGCUGGUGUCGUGUGAUGAGAGUAGUCGUACAGUGAAGGUGCAGUACAACGGUAGCGACGAAUGGCACGACUGCCCCGAAGGUAAGUCCAUCGAAGCAAAGUCACCUACGUUCAAAAGCGGCAAUAUCAAGUGUCCCAAGUACGAUGAGGUGUGCACCAUUGCCCCCAACGGUGGCAGUCGUCUUGCACUGAUCGAUCCACCGGAUGAUCCGACACCCUCUCCUGAUGGUGGUGGUGGUGGUGGUGGUACCGGUAAUGCUGGUGGUGGUGGUGGUCAUGGUGAUGGGUGUGCCACUGCUGCCCCCAUCGCUCUGUCAGCUAUUGCCCUCAUGGUUAUCACGCUAAUGCUAUUACCGUAA